UGUAGUAACUUGUUAAUAAAUAUGGCUGCUAAAACCCAUGUGGAUAGUAGUGUUGGUGAACGAAGACUUCGUCCAAUAUAUGAUUGGCUGGACAUUGGCAAUAGUAAGAAGGCACUGCAGGAAGCAGACAAAGUUCUGAAGAAGCAGCCAAAUUUUCAAUGUGCAAAGGUACUGAAAGCACUUGCCCUUCUGCGUAUGGGCAAAAAAGAAGAAUGCAUCGAGCUUCUGGAGGCAGUUCGGGCAGAAGUACCAUGCGACGACUCUACUCUACAGGCUAUGACAAUAUGUUACCGAGAAAUCCACAGGCCGGAGAGAAUAUGCGAAAUUUACGAAGCAGCUACAAAGAAAGACCCUACCAACGAAGAGCUGCUUACACAUCUCUUCAUGGCAUAUGUACGUGUUGCCGAUUACAAAAGACAACAUCAAACUGCCCUUAUGCUUUACAAAUUGAAACCGAAGAACCCAUAUUACUUUUGGGCUGUUAUGAGUGUGGUGAUGCAGGCAUACAAGGCAGAUGACAAACUGUCAAAGAGCAUUGUUUUACCAUUAGCUGAGAGAAUGGUUGAAAAAUUUGUGAAUGAAGAUAAAAUUGAGGCAGAACAAGAAGUUCAGUUGUAUCUUAUGAUUCUGGAAAUGCAGGGAAAAUACAGUGAAGCACUUGAUGUUGUGACUGGCCCACUAGGUGAAAAACUGGUAUCAUAUGUGCAUGUCCCGUACAAGAAAGCUACUCUCCUCAUGAAGUUGAAGCGUUGGCGACAGGCCAAUCUCCUUUUCAAGCUAAUGCUGAAGGAAGACAUGGACAGGUGGUCAUACAUUACUGAGUACUUAUCAUCAGCAUUGAAACUAAUUGAUUCGGGCCAAGCAGACCCCAGUGAAGGGAUACCGGGUGCAGAUUCCACGCCAGAAGCAGUUCGGGACUUCCUUGCACGUCUGGUUCGAGACAAUGAAACAAAACUACCACGUCGGUUACGGGGCCCUUACCUUGCACGUUUGGAAAUGUAUCGACUUAUGGCAGAGCGAGGUGAUCAUCCUGAGGCUCUAUUAGGUGACAUUGUGGACUUGAUGAUGGCGUACUUCAGGAAUUUCAGCGAUAAACCUUGUUGUGUGUCUGACUUAAAGAGGUUUGUUUCUCUUCUGCCCGAGGAUCGCCACCAGGAAUUUGUAUCUCAAGUGGAACAGACUGUUGGACUGCAGGGUAGAGAAAUGCCAGCAACGGUACGGCAAAUGCAACAACAUAUAAGUAGCAUACAGUUGGUGCGUACUAUGGGCCUACAUUCACAACUGACUGAUGGUGAAAGACUAGAAUUGGUAACACACUUACUCAGGUGUUACGAGCAUGGAAAGUGUUUCAACGCCGGCAGCCUGCAGACUGAAUUUGGGAGUAAUGAUUCAUACGCACUGUUGGCUGCACAUGUGCUGUAUGAAGCGUGGACUGUGACAAAUGACAGCUCUCAUCUCAGGGAAGCAUUAGACUUAUUGGAGUGUGUCCUUACCUCAAGCCCAUCAAACUUUCAUGUCAAACUGUUGCUAGUCAAGCUUUAUAAUAUGUUAGGUGCAGGAGCAGCUGCACAGCAAAUAUAUGAUCUAUUGGAUAUCAAGCAUAUGCAGCUGGAUUCCCUGGGUUAUCUACACUGUAGCCACCUCUACACUGCUGGUCAGUUAACAGCUGCCAGCACCUUGUAUGAAAAUACACUGAAAUUUUUCAGCGGUAAUUACAAAGAUAGUGUGGACCACCUGACCUUCUCUUACAAGUUUGGCUCAUUCUUAAAGAUUGAGGAGUUUGUUGAGUUUAGGGAACGACUGAACAAUUCAAUUCACUACGCAAUUAUCUCAGUGGAACAAAAGCUACUUGAGCUUAUGAGUUGUAGAUCACAUGCUCAGACAUCAGUUUUUGUAACAGCAAUGGAGAUAAAUCCAGCAAAAGACAAAAUAGAUUGGAACAGUUUACAAGAUAAUCGUGACUUGACUGUGAUGCUGUCAUGGGAGCCUGUUUCAAGGCAGAUGUCUCCAGAAAUUGUGCAGCAGACAUUUGCUGAUGAAAAGACUUUCUUAAAAUUUCGUAGUCUGAUUUUGCGGUGCCUGGGUGCUGCAUUUUCAACAGUUCCUCAGUCUGCUGAUGUUUGCUGCCAAGGUCAUCAUGGAAAUUCUCACCAUAAAAGCAACAGUCAAAAAGCUCAUGUGAACAACAAUAACAACAUUGGUGGUAGCAACAGCAACAACAAUGCUGACAUCAUGAAUGGAGAACUGGACUGUGAUUCAAGGACCCUGUUAUCUUCUCUCACAGAUGAGCUAAUGGAGCUGCAAGCAGAACUGGAACACAGGAGUUCAGUGAAAACACUUAUGGAUGUGGUCAGUGCGCCUUUGCCAUCACGAUUACAUGGCUACCUGAGCUGCCCAUUGUACAUACAACUCUUGGUGGAGAUGUUGCGGUUAGUAUCUUCGGUAUCUCGUGGAGAUGAUGCAAGUGGUCAAGCCACAAUGUUUCUUUGUGGUAAAGCUGCUGGAUUAGCAGAAGCUGCUGCCAUGCGAGUUUCCUCAAGAAUACGUUCUGAAGAAUCCCUUUCAGCAAUGGAGCAACUUGGUAACCGUCACAGUUUGUUGGAGACUGCAGUCAUAACUAUUGAGUCUAUUAGCCUGGCAGUCCUACUUUGUGGUGUUUGUCAUAGUCACCUAAAACCAUUAGUUACACCUGUUCCAAAGAAAGGAAAGAAGAAAAAAGAUGCAACAGUAAAUCAACAGGCGCAAGCACCACCAGUGCCAACGAGGCAGCUGAUAGCAUUUGGUCAACUGGUGCGACUUCUGGGUGAGGCAACUGAUGAGUUAUCAGGUGCUCUGGAAUAUUGGCGUACACAGCAGCUGGCACCAGAAUUGGAUGCUGUGGUGACAAUCUCAGAAGAAACUAAACAACAUAAGAAUGUUGUCAAUACUCGCAUUUCUGAUAGUCAUCGUGGUUCUCUUUCAGAGCUUUUGCAUGUACUUGACAUUAAGAGGAAAUAUCUUGCCUCCUUCGGUAUUGGCACCGUCUGACUCAAGUCACAGUCCGCGUGAGAUCUAUUUGCGCGGAUGUCAGAUGCCUGUAAUGCCUAAAUCUGUAGGGUGGUAGAUCUCUCCGGACAUGACAUCGAGAGUGGUGGAAGCUGACACAGUUUCCAAGAUUAAGAAUUAGACAUGUAUGACGUUGUCUGGGUGUACAUUGCCCUGUGAGUAUCUGGUUACAGUAUCCAUUUCUGUUCAUAUUCACAUGCUGCAUUAUUGUAAUGUGAUCUCAUUCAAAGAAUUUUGAUUUUAACAUGUGGCAUGCCAGACAUUUUACAAGUGAUUAGAUUUAAUCUCUGCAAAAUGUGAAACAUAAUGGAAAUGCCAAGCUGUGUUUUACAAAUGAAUCAGAUUUGAACACAUUUCCUUCUGAAUGUAUAGGUACCAAGAGGACACACAUUGUUUGUCACAGAAUCGGAUUAGUUGUGAUAAAUGGUCCAUAAUAAUGGUGAAAUAAGGGAUAAAACUAUGAGAAUCAGUACAUAUAUAAUUCUGUCAACAGAUGGUGCAAAAAAAACUAAUUGGCAAAUUGUGUUUGUGUUUAACACAAAAUGAAAGCUUGUUCAUGCUCAGAAGAAAGGCACUUAUUAUAUGUACACUGUUGUAAACUAUUUAUUUUAAAUAGAAGUCAGAUAUUGUAAUUGUCUGCUCAUUAUAGAUAUUUUUCUUCUUCACAGAGCUGUAAUAAACAUUUAUAUUUUUUUUCUAAAAUCUCAAUUUCUUUUUUGCUUUAUUUAUUGUAGCAUUCAUUUUCAUUUGUAACAUGUAUAUGUGUUGCCAGUAAAGACUGUGUAAGUGUGGAAACACGGAGAUGAACAUUUUGGAACUUUAUAAUAUUUUGUACACAUAAUCGUGCUAAUUUUGUAUAUUUAUCUUCACAAGUCUGUGUACAAAUGUCCCUGGAAGUUGACUUCAUAGUAUUCUUAAAUUUCUUAUGCGAUACACUUUAGUCUAUUUUAAAUAUUCUGCUGUUGGUUAUUGUGUUACCACAAAUUUCACAAUACUGCAUUUUUAAGAAAGUAUAAUUCUAUAUUGCCUAAUUCUGAAAGUUUCGUUGCUGCCAACUUAUGAAUAUUUGAAAUUCAAUGUCUGUAAUGAAGUCUUGCAAAUAAUUUAACAGUAUUUCAUUCAAAUCAUUAAUUUGGUUAGCAGUUACAAAUUAGUCAUUCAUAUGAUUGGUAAUAUUGUGAGUGGUAACAUUUCUCCUCUUACAAUUAACAUUGCGGAGAAGGAGUGAACUAAAUAAUAAAACAUAUUUUUUGUAUAGAUGUGGGAAGAGAUCCACAAUUUGGAUUUUACGAGCUACUUACUUAAGUGAGUUGCUCAUCUUUCCAUGUGUGAGAUGUGAUCAAAAUAUGUAUGGUCUUUUACUUCAGUCUUCACUGUAUGUUGUAUAAAAGCAACAGCUACUAUCCAUACGUAUAAGAAUUUUUCAUUCUGUAUGAAAUGAGUUUCAUAGUUCUGGAAUUUUCGUAAUGUUACUUAUUAAUAAUAUGUGUCUGUUUCUGAAAAUAUUGUACAAAAACAAAUAUUGAAUAGCAAGAAUCUUGCUCAGUAAGGCAGAAUUAUUUGCAUUUUCUUGCACUGUCGGUGAAAAAAUAGUUUUUACGUGCAAUUUGAACUUUUUUUACAUUUUUAAACCUAACACUUUGGAGACCGGUUACUUAGAAGAGCCGCUUAGAAGAAUAUUGAGCCUAGGAAACUGGCAGUUUUUAUGCUGUUAUUUUAUGCAUUACUGGCACAUAUAUAAUUGAUGUACCUUCAGUCGAUGUAACUUAAAGAUUUGUUUUCAUUUUUAUUUUAGUUCUUUGAUGGGUUACAAACUUUGAAAUCAUGAUGACAGAAAGUAUAAUUGUCCUCCCAAAAAAAAGUGUGAGGCGAGCUAUUGAGAAAUUUAUUCCUCUUGAGCUUCCAAAAUUUCUUGCUCACUCAGCAAAUGUAACAUGUUUAUAGCAGUAUUAUGACAAACAGCUAGAUCUAACAACUAGAAGCAUGAAAUUACAUCAAUGUGAUCAUAUUGCCUCAGCAGUUGACGACAGCAGCUCAUAUGUUCACUAAUGUUUCUUCAGAAUAACUCUAGAAAUUGAUGACAGAAGGCAAUACCAGUCAGGGGGCAGGUCACGAGACAUCCGUAUAUCGUUUCACACAAGAUGAGUCCAGUUUUCAAAUGAAUGAUGGUUCAACCAUUGACAAAAUUGCAGCCCGAUUUCUACUCAGGCACAGCCUUUUUAACACAAAGUUACGAUCCAAAUUAUGCUCGGGCUUGGUCUCCAAAGUAUUAAGUUCAAGAUAGGAGGCAAAAAGUGUAAGAAGCCAGUCUUGUAAUACAUAAUGAUUUAGUCUUCCUUUAUUUGCCUUACGAUCAUUAUUCUUUAACCAAUGUCAUCAGUACAGUAUGUAAGUAGGAAUCAGUUCAUGGCACUCUUGAGAACUGGCUGUGUAAAUAAGUUACUUCAAAGAGUGUGUGUGUGUGUGUGUGUGUGUGUGUGUGUGUGUGUGUGUGUGUGUGUGUGUGUGUAGAGGAGGUUAGGUGGACAGUUGUUUGAAUGUUAAUUACACUAGUAUCCUACUGUUGUUCAUGCUUUUAUAAUGUUUCUUAUUGUAUUAUUAGUCAUUAUUUAAAAAAGAAAUACUAGACAAAAUUGCUGGCAAGUACUUACCUUCAGGAGACAAAAUGUAUAGUACUGCCAAUAGGUAUGUGUGUGUGUGUGUGUGUGUGUAGAAAAAGAUAUGUGGGUCACAACAGGUGGGGUCCCUCUCAUUCUGGUGUCUGAGUAACCUGUCCUUCCUCUUUAACUAUCCAUAGUAUAUCCAUCCCUCCCUCCCUCCUCUCUUUGGCAAAGCUAGAAUUUUGUGUGUGUGUGUGUGUGUGUGUGUGUGUGUGUGUGUGUGUGUGUUUGCCACUCUGUCUGUCUGUUUUUGCCUCCUGAAGGAAAGUACAUGCCAACAAAUCUGUUUCAUAACUUUUUUUUUAAUUCUCUAGAGUAAAUUUUCUUUUGACACAAUUUGUCAUCAUUUAUCAAAGUUUAAGAUUCUGAGGGAAAUGAUUUUCAUGAUUAAUGACAUUUGAUGUGGUUAGAUUAAUUAUAAUGCACCAUAAGAAAUGAUAGGUUGUGUUCAAUUUGCUUAUUUAGGCUAGAUAAAAGAGAAGUACAUAAUUUUCAAAAUAAUAUUUUCUACUACUGAAAAAGUGGUGCUAAGAUUCACAAAAUAAUUAUCCUUAAGUGAAAUAUAAGUUGUUUUUCCCUCCAACUUGAGUAACACAAUAGCAACAGUUUAAAAAUUAAAUGUUCAAGUGUGCUGUAGACAAUUAUGUGGUGUUAGAUACAUGUUUUAUCAUUAAUUGGUGAUAGUAUUCAGCAGCAGGAAUGAACGGAGUCUGUUGUACAUGUGUGAAACAAAUUCUGGUGGAAAAAUUCAUAUUUGGAAGAUAAGUUACUGGAUUCUAUGCAUCUCAGUUCUGUAAAAUGCCACAGCUAUAUUAAGUGUGAUAAUUGUGAAAAUAACAUAAAAAUCGUAUUUUCUGUAUGUUCAAAGCUUUCAGAGCUCACAGAUGUUAAUACUUUUCCCUUGGCUACAUUAUUGUCAGUAAAUUGUGAAUGACUUUUAUGUCUUAUCUUUUAUGUCUUGGCACUUGUGGUCUUCCCAUCCAUUCCAUAAAGGGAACAUACUUGGGCUCUGUUUGGUAGUCAUGUUUAUGUUUACAUCCUACGUUUGGAUCAUGUUUAUAGUACAGUAGGAACUAGAAUAAUAGGAAGACCAACAAUUUCUUGUGGAAGUAGUAGUCUGGUGCAACAUUACAUCCACCUCAUCAACAAAACUGUGCUGGAGAUGAUGAUAGAGUUUAUCAUAUGUCUUUUUAAUUUACAAUUCAUUUGAAAAUGCAUUGGCUUAGAGAGCCGUUUCUUUGAAAAUAUUUUGCAUCUAGUUUCCUUGUCACCACAUAUUUCUACAGAUGAUAGCACUGUUUAUACCAUAUUUAGAAUAGCAGUGCUAUUGCUGACGUAUCUUUGUAUUACUUGUGAUUCACCAUGCCCUAUAAAAAAAAUCUUUGGUUUUAUGCAAGUUUACAUGCCACUUCUGCAGUUGUAUAUGUCAUCAUGUAACAUGUUAAUUUUUGACCUUGAUAUCUAAACAAACUGAAGAAUUGUCAGGCUUAGUAACAUUUGGUUUUAUGUAAACAGAUUGUAGGUGUCAGCUUCACAACCACCUUUGAAUAAAAGAAAAAGUGACAGACAGGACAAAUAGCCAAAACCCUAUUACACUUCGUGUGUCAUGGUUCUUCUUAAGUUCUGAUAAUGCACAUAAAGCUGAUUUGGUAUGUGGUUUAAAUAAAACAAAAUUUGACAGAAAUUGUAGCUGCUUUGGUUUUAAAAAGAAGGUGGUUAUGUGGUGCAAGCAGAGGGUCUUUUUCAGUGAUAACAAUAGGAAAAUGUUUAAAACAUUCUCAGACUUGCUGCAUCAGUUCAGGGUAAAACUUCGAGCUUUCAUUGAUUACCUGCAUCAUCAGGAGCCACUGACUAUCAAACAGCUGCUGUGGUGGUCUUAUACAGCCCAAAAUCGACUUCUGAUUGGUUGGUAAUUACAUAAUGUCAUUUCAGAUGGUGUCAACUUCUGCAUUGAUGGCACCACCAUUCUGGCUGUAUUGUAAACAUUGCAACAAACCUCUGUUGCUCUUUUCUGCAUCAAGAGCUUGCUUCCAUGCCCCUCUAAGAUUAUAGCUGCUGUCACAGUUGAAGAUCUUCUCUCAUGUUCUUAUUUCUACAGCCUCUGUACUUAAAGACUCUAAGCAUAUAAAAGCCUGGGAAAAACUUUUGUUUUGUCAAAUUGUAUUUUAUGUUUGUUUGUGAGGCUGUGUGCAGCAACUGCAGAUUUCUCCAGUUCUCAAUUUUGUAAAGUACCGUUGAUGUCCUGCACAGUGGUCAGAAAUCGUGCAAAUGGUCUGAUUGAUGUAAUUGCUUCUGCGCUCACAACCUAUGUAAUUGCUUCUGCGCUCACAGUGGAUGUUGUAAAUUCCAGGGAUCCUGGGGUCAAGACUACCCUUAACAAGUUGUAGCAUCUCCUUUAUCUUCUUAGAAGGUCAGGAAAUAGAUCUUGUACCUUGUCUUCCAAGGCUCUUCGUAUUUUGCUAGAAAGGAAGGAAUGCAAUUGGUGUAUCAUCAUGUGAAUAUUCAAGAUUUUCACGUAUCCUUUUCUCGGAGAAUGCUGACUUCAUAGCCAUUGUGUCGGUACACAUUCUUCAGAUGAUUAAUUUCAGAAUCCAGGUAGUCCUUGUCAGAAAUAGUUUUCACUCUGUGUACCGGAGUAUGUAUUUAAAACUGAUCUCUUUUCAUCUUGAAGUAUGUGCAUUAAAUUUGGCUCUCCUUGUCGAUCUUAAUUUUCUUGUUAUUUUGACAACACAUUUAUGGUCCAGCCACACAGUGUAGCAGCUCUUGAGCAUAUGGACAGUAUGCACCCAAACUGUUCACUUUUGAGACAGAGAAACAAGGAAGGCUGCCAUUGUUAGAUUUUUUGGUACAUUGGAAGUCAGAUGGGUGUCUUGGCCAAAGGAAACGUGAAAAUUUUGAGUAUUCUCAUGAUGAAGCACCGCUCACACUCCUUCCUAUCUGUGGCACUCUAUCCAGCAAAGUAGGAAGAAUCCUGGGAAGAGGAGUUACAAGAUGUAUUUUCCAACCUCCUAAGAAAAUAGAGGAGUUGCUACACACUGUUAAGGACAGUCUCAGCUUCAGGAUCCCUGAGAUUUACAACAUCCCUUAUGAGUGCAGAUACAAUCACAUAGGUCAGUCCAUCCACAUCGUUUCCGAACACUGUCAAGGAAAUCAAAGGCAUAUUAGAAAUCGAGGACUGAAGAGAUCUGCAGUUGCUGAGUGCAGUCUCACAAACAAACAUAAAAUACUAUUUGACAAAAUGAAAGUCUUGUUCCAGGCUUCUGCAUACUGGGACUCUGUAAUAAUGAAGCUGUAGAAGUAAGAAUGUGUCAGAAGAUCUUCAACCUUAACAGUGGCUAUAAUCUUGGUGGUGCAUGGAAGUGUCUCAAUGCAGAGAAGAACUGGAGAUGUUCAUUGCAAUAUUUAUGCAAAGGUGCCACCAAUGCAGGUGUUGCCACCAUCAGCAACGGCAUUAUGUAAUUACUGACCAAUCAGAAGCCUUCUGUCGGCUAUAUAAGGCCACUACAGCAGCAGUUUUGACAGUCAGUUGCUCCUAACGAUGGAGGUAAUCACCAAAAUCUGAAGGUUUUACCUUGAAUUGAUGCAACAAGAAGUUUGAGAAUGUUUUAUACAACAGUGCCACUGCAAAAGACUUCGUUCUCAAGAGGAAACUGGCUAAAUAAAAAUGAGUCUAAAAGAUAGAUUGUUGUCACUUUUACUUCUUUCUCUGCUUCUUUCCUUCUGUCUUGUCUUCAUCCACUGCUUACUUGUCGAGUCACAUACCUUGUCUUCUUUCAGUGCAGUCCCUUUCUUUCUCUGAUGGGUCUCAGUUACUGUUGCCCAGUUAGUGUUCUGAUUUUUUCAUCAUUUUGCUUUUCCACUCUUUUAUCCCUUAGCCCCAUCAGGAGCAUUAUCUGGAAUUUUUCCUUUCCAUAUAUAAUUUUUUUUGGGGGUGUGAGUGAGUUCUUUAUCUGUAUCUUGUCUGCUGAUGCGUGUUUUGACAUUACCAUUUAACAGUGAUUUCCCCUAUGUAUGUCAUACCUUGUAGUGCAGAUUUCAUGUGAAAGAGCCCACAGAUGCAUGUAUUAUUCAUGUAGCUGAAGUGAAAAUCAUUUUUGUGCAGUGAAAGAUUGCAUUUGAGUCAUACACAGGAGUCAUAAUUGAUUGCAAUCAGUUGGGUAUCGCUUUACCUGGCUGAAGAGGCAAUCGGUAACACAUGCCAAUUUUUAGUAAACUUUGUACGUUUUUGUACAGUCCUGCAAUAUUAACUUUGGUUAUUUACUUUUACAGCCAUCAUUUGUUGAAUUUUAUUACUGUUAAUUUGUGUGUUUGUGAAUGUGCAUGUUUGUGUUCAUAAUUUUUAUGAGCAGUUUUGUACUAAAUAUUGUACAGUGUGUGGAAAAAGUCCUAUUAAAUGAAGUUUCAGCGUG